UACAUUGAAAAAAACGGGUAGCAGGUAUUUCAUAGAUAGUUGCGCAUCUGGCCUACAUAAACACACGAGAAGUGAAGAUAAUUCCAUACAUUUUAUCCUAUAUCCACGAGAGAUUUUAACGAACGCGCAGAUAACGGUGGACAAAGAAUCCGACACCUUCGUAUAUCGGUAAUAUGAGCUGCAGCGAGAUGCGACAGAAGCCGCGUCGUUAACGACAAAAGAAGAUUGCGUGGAAGAAAGAACCUGAGAUUGAUUGAAGCAGUGCAUUGAAUGAGGUUAUAUACAAAAACGAGACAGGAUUCAACCUAAAAGUGUGAAUGAGUGAGUCAAAAUGGCACAGCAAACGGCCCAUGAAAUUGUGAUUUUUAUCACUCACAUUGAGGCCGAUAAUGAAUACUUGAAGAUUUGGGGUCAACUGGAUAAGAAUGCAGCUACUACUGUAGAGCAUUAUAUAUAUCCUUUGACAAAACAGUUUAAGCAGGGAUAUGGUUGUCCUUCCAAGACAACCAGAUUAUUUGCUGGUGCAUUAUGCUGUGCCAGAUUUCAGGCAGAUGGCUAUUUCCGAGCAAAAAUACUCAAUGUACAUCCUGAUGGCAUAGUUGUACAAUUCAUUGACUAUGGUAAUGUGGAGGUUGUACCACCGAAUGAGGUCCAUUUGUGUGAUAAUAUCCCACAAAUGGAACCUCUGCGAGCUUACCCACCCAUGGCAGCAGAUUUUACAUUGAUUAAUGUAUUGCCUAUAAAUGGUGUUUGGGAAAGUGGAACAAUUGAAGCAAUUAAAAAAAAUCUGUGUUAUAAUGAGUAUAGAGCCCAUCUAUAUAUGAUGAACAAUCGCUGUUUGAUAAAAUUGUGGUACAAUAAUGAAGACUUUAGCGAAUUGUUAGUGAAGCAACACAUGGCUUUACCAGCUACUGUACAUGACAUGUUCAGACCAAAGCAUGUACUGCAACCUCAAAUGCUUCAACAACUUCCAUUGCCAGCGUAUCAACAACACAAUAAGAAUAUGAAUAAUUGUUUAACAAUGCCAAUGAUGCAGAAUCUAAAUAUGAAUCAGAAUUGCAAUAUACAAGGAUUUCAUAAUUUUUCUGCCAAUGUAAAUCAACAUAAACAACAUGCUGAUCAACGGCCAUCACAACCACCGCCUGUUCAAGAAGCACUUGUAUUCAAAUCUCGAGUGUUAGAUGUAAAUUCAAAAUAUAAAGUUUUAAUAUCACAUGUGGAAGAUGGUCCACAUAAGUUUUCUGUACAAGUUGAAAGCACACAAACUCUAUUGGCUGAACUGAUGAAUGAGAUAAACAGCCAUCCGAAACAACCAUUACAAGAACCACCAUUGCCAGGAUCAGUUUGCUUAGGACGAUAUAGGGAAGAUGCAGAAGAUGGAGUAUUAUGUAGGGCAGUUGUUAUGUGUGUGAUGGAACAUAAAUGCAAAUUGUAUUAUGUUGAUUUUGGUCAUACAGAAGUUUUACCAUAUACAGACAUCUUCCAAUUGCCACCUGAAUACAUUAAUCCAAAAGUGCUUUCCAUUAGAUUUACAUUGAGUGGCUUGAAAGAACUUAAUGUUACACCAGAAAUGAAGGAAUAUUUUAAAGAACUAGUACACAAAAAAUUACUUAUUCUACACAUUCGUCCGCCAGAAGGGCCGCCAUUAAUUCAAUACGGCGACUUGUAUGACAAUGGCAUUAACAUAAAGGAUAUGUUAAAGAAAGCAUUCCCAGCACCUACUGUAACAAAAUCUGUAACAUAUUCGUAUCCACAAUUGCAACAAUUAUCGAAAGAUGUUCAAGAAAUUGUGCAUGUAUCUUAUGUAGAGUCAUGUAAGAAAUUCUUUGUGCAAUUUGAUAGUGGCAUAAAGUCUCUCGAAUCGAUAAUGGCUGGCUUAGCACAAUAUGCUAAAAUGGCAUCUGUUUUAAAUGUCGCACAACUAAAAGCAGGAUUGCCUUGUGCAGCUCUAUAUGAUACACAAUGGUAUCGUGCACAAAUUCUUAAUGUUACUGGAGAUCAAGUUAAAGUGGUAUAUGUUGAUUAUGGAAAUGAGGAGGUAUUACCCAUCAUGUCCAUUCGUACAAUUCAUAAUGAUUUAGUUACAAAUUUGCCAGCACAAGCUGUAAAGUGUGCAUUAAAUGGUUAUGAGCACCUUUCAUCAGAUCAAGAAGUCUCCAAUCAUUUCGAAAGAUUAACCCUCGAGAAACGUUUUUAUAUGCAAGUAGUUGCUGCACAACCUAAGGGCCUCUUGGUCGAUUUAUUCGAAUCUGACACAAUGAACAGCAUUCAUACUCAGCUCACAAACAAUUUAUACUGUGAUAAAAAUUCAUCAGGUUCAAUAAAUGGAGAAAUUCAACAUUCUAUCAAGCCAGUAAACAAUUUCCAGAGUGGAAAUAAAGACCGAUAUGAGAAAAAAAAUAACAUAGAUUCUUCGAAUCGUAAUGUUAAAUCUUUCCAAGAGAACAAACCAAAUUCUUGGCGAGAUGAAUCUCAAGAGAAACAACAUGAUAAUAGAAAUGAUAAAACCGGCGCUUAUUCCUAUCGUGAUGGUUCACAGAAUGAUCGAUUUAUUAAAAAUGAAUCUACAUACAAUAGAUCUGGCAGAGAUAGACCAUAUCAUAAAUAUGAAAAGAGUGAAAUUAAUACAUUCAACAGAGGUAGUAGAGAAACCUCACGAAAUAAUGAUGGAAAUAAAUUCAACGACCACGAACGGAGAUACAAUCGUAAUAAUUUUGAUAAAGCAUAUAAUGAUAAGGAUUCGAAUACUUCAUUUAAAAAUAAUGGUAAUCGCGGAAGAAAUAAUUUUGAUCGCGAUAAUUUCACCAAUGGACGAGAAGAAAGCUAUGAUAGUGGAGUAUCAUCAAGCAGACCACAAACUGGAAGAUGGAAUGAUAGAAAACUAGUUACGACUUAUAAGUCUAACUACAAAACUGGAAAAUUCACUGAUGACUAUAACAGUAAUGAGAAAUUUAAGGAUAAAGAAAAUGAUACAAACAAUGUUUUACAUAAUCAGCAAAAUGCUUGUGAAUCCUGGGAUACAGAUAAUUCUACCUGGGAUACAGAUAAAAACCAACAGAACAAAAUUGCUGCUAAUAAAGAAUUCCAAUUUUCAUCGAUAAAUAUUACUCUUGGCUCUGUAAAACAUUGUGAAGUGGUAUUCAUCAACAGUCCAUUGGAUUUCUUUAUUCAAUUAACUCCUGAUUGCUUAGAAUUAGAUACUAUUAUGGAAAGUAUAGCUGCAACUUAUGAGAAUGAUGGAGAAACUAUGCAAGCCUCUCAGAUACAAUGUAGUACAUGUUGCAUCGCUCAAUACUCAGAAGAUCUUAAGUGGUACCGAGUGAUAAUCAAAUCUGUAGAAGAGAAUAGCGCAACUGUAGAAUUCAUCGAUUAUGGAAAUACAGAAUCAGUUGACUUCACGAAAAUUAAAGCUAUUCGAGAAAAGUUUCUAGAACUGCCAAUGCAAGCGGUACAUUGUAAAUUACUUGGAUAUGAAUUGACCAAUAAUAAGGAAAGUGGACAUGCGAUUUUCUCAGAAAAUGUCGAAGGAAAAUCACUAGAGGUGGAAUUUGUUGUUGAAGAAAAUGGAAUAUAUGAAGUAUUGUUGCGCGAAAUUAUCGAUGGCACCCCAAAUACGAAUUAUAUAAAUGAAGAAUUUUGCACAAUCGCAGAUAUAGUAAAAGGGAAGGAAACUGCAGCACUUACGAAGACAUUUGAAAUGACGACGAAGAGUAUACAAGAAACUCCAGAUUAUGCCCCCAUUGACUCAAAAUGGCAAACAAUUUUAUAUGACUUUGAAUCUGAAUGUGAUGCUAUUGUUACAUGGUUUAUAAAUCCUAAUAAAUUUUAUUGUCAACUAUUAACUAAAGAGACAGAAUUUAAAACAAUGAUGAGUGAGAUUCAAGAAACAUAUGCUGGUAGAAAACCUAUAACACAUAAAUUACAGGUUGGUUCAGCAGUCAUAGCAAUGUUUUUCGAAGAUAGAGCUCUUUAUCGAGCGGAAGUUGUAAAUAAUAUGCAAAAGGAUGCAUACAUAGUUCAGUACAUAGAUUUCGGAAAUUGCGCAGUCGUAAACCUACAGAAUAUAUAUUCUGUCGAGAAGAAAUUUAUGCAACUGCCUAAAUUAGCAAUACAAUGUUCCUUGAGUAAUAUUCUACCUAACAAUAAUUCAACCUGGUCCAAAACUGACAACAAUGCACUCGAUAAUUGCUUUAACGCCGAUAAAUAUAAAUGCAUCUUCCAUAAUUUUAAUGACAAUCAAUAUACGAUUUCAUUACUCUAUAAUGGACAAGAUGUGGGUGAUAUGUUAGUAAAUAAGAAUCUUGCGGUCUUUGCUACAAAAUCUUCAGGCGAAACAAUCUACGUUACAGAAGCAUCUGAUACAGAAAUAAAAACACUCAAUGAUGUAGAAAGAGUGGAUAUAAGCCUUUUAAGUGGUCAGAUUCUCAAAAUGAAAAUUUCUAAUGUAGAAGGCAUAACUCUAUUUCAUGUCCAACUUUUAUCAGCUGCAAAAUACAUGGAUAUUGUCCACAAAUACAUGGCUGAUAAAAAUAAAGAGGCUUUGGCUUUACCCGGAGAACUCGCGAUCAUACAGAACCAGGCGUUAGAAUGUUCUCUGCAAAAUAUAACAACGUCGUCUGAUGCAGAUAAACGAUUGAAAGAACUUGAAGGAAAAGAAGUAUUAGUUAUGGUGGAAGAAGUUGAUAAUAGCAGACUUCUUGUAAAACUUUACGAUCUUCUUGGCAAUGGAAUAAUAAAUACAGAAGAAAAAAUAUCAUCCAUAUGUCCGAUGCCUAUUUUAAGUUCGACUCACAAGGUAUUUGUAUCUUAUUCGGAGACUUCUGCCAACAUCUGGUUGCAACGAUCUUCAGACGUAAAUCUGGAAUCUACAUUAUUACAAGAUCUUCAAAAAUAUUACACCAGUUGUGGACAAAGUUUGAAACCGGAAGUGAAUCUGUUGUGCGCGGCCAAAUGUUUGGAGGAUGGAAAUUGGUAUAGGGGAAUAAUCGUCAGCCACACCGAAACGACUGCCUGUGUAAAUUACAUUGAUUACGGCAACACCGAAGAAGUUCCUCUGGAGUCAAUCAUGGUUUUAGAACCGCAGUUUUAUGAACCUCAUCAGUUAGCGAUCAAUGCAUCGUUAUCGGUAACUCUUAUCGGUACUGAGGCCGAACAACUAAACGUACUGCAAACUCAUUUGAUGGACAAAGAAUUAACGGCUAUCUUUUAUAACGUACACAAGAAGUGGAUUGUCGAUCUGAUCGAAAACGAGGAAAAACUCAGCGAUAAAUUCCGCUCGCUAAAUCUAGUUACAGAAGAACAGACAACGCUUAAACUGUCGAAACACGAAACUCAAGAAGGUCUCUUAACGAUAGACAAAUUCGACAUAUGCGUAUCUCACGUUGAUUCUCCAAGUCAAUUCUGGUUGCAACGAGUAGACGAAAUCGCAUCUCUCAAUGAAAAACAAGACCAGCUUCAAUUGGAAGUAUCUAAUUUUUCGAUGAUGGACGGUAUACCGGAAGAAGGCACCUUGUGCGUUGCUACUUUUUCGAUUGAUGAUCUUUGGUAUCGCGCCGAGGUAUUGGAUGCAGACGAGGACAUCACAACUGUUCGAUUCAUAGACUACGGCAAUACGGACGUCAUUGAUAAUAAGACAAACAAUAUUCGACAAAUACCGGAUGCUUGGAGAAACCUAGAGAGAUUCUCAAUGAAAUGCAGACUCGACGUUAUUCCUGUAGACUCAGAAGAUUGGAUUGAGUCGACUUGCGAAAGAUUCACCAAUCUAGUAACUUCCACAGACACUCUUCAGGCUCUAAUAAUAGCGGAUACCAUGCCUAAACGUGUAGAAUUGUUCAUAAACGACAAGAGCGUCAGCGAGACUUUGGUCGAGGAAAAGCUCGCCAUUAUAAUUAAUACCGAGCAAGAGCCCGUGGACGAGAUAGUCGAUCUUGAGCUCGAUCCACAUUCCGCCUUCGUGUCCCAUGUCAAUUCACCGAGCGAGUUCUGGAUCCAGGAGGAGAAAUCAGUCGCUGAUUUGGAAGUGAUGGCAGACAGAUUCAUAGUUGCCGAUAUGUUCCCGAAAAUCGACGAUGUAAAGGAAGGUCUACUGUGUGUCGCCAAAUAUCCAGAGGACGAGCAAUGGUAUAGAGCGCGCGUGAUCUCCCACGAUAACAAUGGAGACACGCUAGUCAUAUACAUAGACUACGGAAAUUCCGCUGUGUCCACCGAAAUGCGCGCCAUUCCGGAAGAUCUGGCGAGCAUAUCGCCUCUGUCGCGCAAAUGUUACUUAGAAUUGCCACCGCACAUUAAGGAAUGGUCCGAGCAAGCUCGCGAAGAAUUCGUCAAGUUGGCCGCGGAUGGUGCGACCAUCUUCCUUCUAGAUGUAUUGAAGGACGAGGAAACAUCGCUGGUGAAGCUAACCCUGGACGGCCAAAAUGUUGCAGAUAUUCUUGCAAAUCUGUGUGAACAACAACCGGUUAUCGAGGAAAGGCUGCCACCGCUGGGCGAGGAAAAUUCGCCGAAUGUGAUGGUCAGUUAUAUCAACAACCCGAACGAGUUUUGGAUCCAGGCCGAGAGUAGUAUAAGCGAACUGGAAGUGAUGUCGGAUCGUCUGCGAGACGCAGAGAGUUUCCUCGCCUUGAACAACCCCGACAUCGGCACGAUUUGCGCCGCUCGAUAUCCGGAGGACAGAUACUGGUAUAGAGCGAAGAUAAUAGCGCGUCACGAAACGGGCAUGGAAGUCUUGUAUAUAGAUUAUGGCAAUUCUGCGGUCACGGAAGAAUUGAGAAUACUACCGGAGGAUAUCGUGAAUAUUCCCAUUUUAUCGAAACGAUGCACACUCGAGAAGCCAGACCACGUUGCUGCGUGGAGUGAAGAGGCUUGCGAGAAGUUUAAAGAACUCGCUGCCGAAGGAGCCACUAUGUUCCAAUUUGAGAAUCUUGACGAAGAUGAUCCGAUGCAUGUUCGAUUAAAUCUAGACGGAACGAGCGUUGUUGAUCUUUUGUUGGCCAGAUUCGAAGAUACUCCUCCAAAAGAAAAAGAAAAUAUUUCUUUAAAAAUUGAAGAAGAAAAUAUUCUUCCAAAAAUUGAAGAAGAAAAUAUUCCUCCAAAAAUUGAAGAAAAAAAUAUUCCUUCAAAAAUUGAAGAAGAAAAUGUUUCUCCAGAAAUUGAAGAAGUAACUAAGAACUCAUUGGAAGAUGAAGAGAUUAUUUCCAAUAUAAACGAGGAACAAGAUAUAGUCUUCCAGAUUCCGAAUCCCGAACUAGUAAAUAACAGUGAAGAAAUUUCAAAUUUAGAUAAGCAAGAGGAAGUUCAACCGGAACAAAUAGUCAAUCAAACAGAUAAUCUAGAUUGCAUUAAUCAAAUGGAAAAGCAUGAAAACGGAACUGACAGAGAUAUAUUUAAUAAAUCGUUUAUAAUUUCUGAUACAAAAGAAGAAAACGAAUGUAAUGAAGAACAACCUAAACAGAGCGAGAGCUUCCAUGAAAUCGAGGAGAAAAAGACUGAACAAUCUGAAAUUUCGGUAGCUGAAUGUAUCUCAAAUGUGGAAGAAAUAGCGGAAAAUAUAAUCGAAACUAGUAAAGAUAUAAACACCGCCAAGAACAAAAUGAUUCCUAUAAAUCCAAUUACAUCCAUUGCAUCAUUUGAAGAAUCCUCGCUUCACGUAAAAGAACUAAGUGUUGACGAGAUAGUUCAAAAUAUGAGAAGAGACGCCACGGAGGAUCUAGAAUCACGAAAAAUCGAUCAUACAAACUUAUCUGAUGGCGUGCAAACUGACGAGCAACAAGAAUUACUUUCUGAAAUACAAUCUAUAGAUAUAAAGAAAUCUUCAGAUACACCAAUUUUUGAAACCGCGACAAAAGUUGUAAAAGAUUCGAAAAUUUUAUCAAUAACAAAUGACUCGCAGCUUCAGGAUGUCGCGCAACAUGAUGAUAAUCACAUCAAGGAACAAGAAAUACAUUCUGAGAUACAGUCUGAUAUAAGCGAACCUUUGAAGGACUCGCAAACAGAAACAGUAUCAUUGACGAAAGAAGAAACAAACUUCGAGCAGAAACAAAGUUCAACGAAGAGCGAGACUGUUCCUGAAAGCAUAGACAAGAAUAACGAUUUAGAGACCACAAGUGCAGAUAAUGAUUCCAGUACUUCCUCAGGAUCGACGUGUACAGUAAAAGCAGCGGAACCGACGCCACACGUAAUUAAGACUGAUUCAGCUGAACAGUACAGUUCGAAAAGACGAUCAGAGGAGAAAAUAAUUCCCGAAUGCGUUUCCAGAGGCGAGUCACCCAGUAAACCGGAAGUUACCAAGCGACCUGUCACACCGAAAACACCAUAUUCAGAGAAGCUCGUGGCCGGUGCUGUAAAUCCUAUUAUACAGUCAGUCCCCUAUAGCGUGAACGAAGAGGACGAGAUACUUACUGUCUCCGUAGAGGACAACAUUCCUAAACACGUGACAUAGCUUUAUAAAUGAAGUGGACAUAUACUACAAAUGUAUAUAGAUAACGUAUAUACAUCUGCAGUAUAAAAAUGCAGAUUUCUCACAACUAAAUCUUAUAUUAUUUUUCAUUUUUUAUUUUUUAUUUAUUUUUUUUUUAUGUUUAUAUAAAUAAUAUAGCUGAAAGAAAAUGUUAUAUCACGCCUGAAUAAUCUUGUUUUAUUUUCUCUCUUUUUACACGAAAUCUGCUACGUUUUCUGUAAAUCUAUAUACUGGCGCUAUAUUGCACAUAUCAGAUCAUCAGGUAUGCGACCAAAGAUUAAUUCACCUAAUUGACAACUCACUUUACAUUUACGUUGUUUUUUUAUGUUUUAUUCGCCUGUGAUAUUAAAUAAUGAUCACAAUUUUCCAUAUUUAUCCAUUUAUUAUUCCAUAAUUUUCCAUUAACAUUCAUCUUUUAAGUUGCAAUAUUUGGUAACUAACUUUGCUUUUAGUUUUCAAAUGAUUAAAUUUCUUUACGUAACUGUAUUGCAAAUUAUAUGUACAAUAUAAUCAUCAUACAGGUUGCUUUUGUGACUGAACGAAAUAUAAAGCCAAAACAAAACUAAACAUUUUAUUUGUUUGAUAUAUGUCUUUUACAUGUGACUAAUUACAUUACACACAUAACGUGACCGCGACAAUUUUUUAAUAACAAAGAAAUAGUGCAAUCACUAAUCACCUUUUUAUUUCUGCACAAUUAUUAAAAAAAAAGCAAACAAUAUUUGAAAUUUAUUUGGUGUAAUGUAAUUACAAAACAUAAGCUAUAUAAAUACCAUAACGUGAUUGUACUACGAUAAAUACAAUUGAGCAUUGUAAAAA